AUGGCUAUGGCAGCAAGAGGACGGAAUUCAAAGCUACCACCUGAGGUGAACCGGAUUUUGUACAUUAAAAAUCUGCCGUACAAAAUAACUUCCAGCGAAAUGUACGAGAUUUUUGGUAAAUUUGGAGCGAUUCGACAAAUUAGAGUCGGAUCAACAAACGAAACAAGGGGAACCGCAUUUGUUGUUUACGAAGACAUCU